CCACUCAGUGCAGAGAGCCGCCACAGCACCGAGCACAGACUGAAUCCAUCCACAACAUAUAUCACCGAUAUGGCUUUUUAUCUGUCCCCGCUGUGUGGUCUGAGCAGCCGGAAAAGGACAAGUCAGAUGGGAUGCUGAAGUAGUGCGGGAUGCUGUGGAGUGAAAACAUUGUGGGUGGACGGCUUAGCGUGAUCCAACAGGGGGUGAGACACGAAUGGCUUCUCCAGAGUUGCAUCCGGCAGAUGACGGAGACAAAGAACCCGAUAUUCCCGACGUCCUUGACGCGCUGCAUGCCUGCAAGUCGGGUGGAGCAACAGGAGGAGCGGUCCAGGGGGAGGGCGGCUGUAAGCCGGUCCGCAGCUGCCAUGGCUGGUGUCUUUCAACACCAAGGACGGCGCCGCGCAAGGCGGGCGCGGAGGUUAAACUCGGCCACCUCACUGAGGAGAAAGUCAGAGUUUGUUGUGACGAGGAAUUAGAGACAUCUUUCACCUACAUUGAUGAAAAUGUUAACCUGCGUCUGGCCAGCCCGGAGAACAAUUGCAAAAGUACUCAUAGAACCGUGCGCAAUGGCGAGGCUUGCUCCGAGACAUUGCCGGAGUUUUCCUCCAUGUCCGAGGAUGACCUCUCAUUCGGGGACGGCUCUGGGAAUUCUAUAGACUACGGGUUUAUCAGUGCAGUCACGUUCCUGGUGACCGGGAUCUCCUUGGUGAUCAUCUCCUACGCUGUGCCUCGUGAUGUGGUGGUGGACCGUGACAGCGUGACUGCGAGGGAGAUGGAGAGGCUGGAGAUGGAGAGCGCCCGGAUAGGAGCCCACCUGGACCGGUGCGUCAUAGCAGGACUCUGCCUGCUCACGCUGGGUGGCGUGGUGCUCUCCACGUUGCUGAUGAUCUCCAUGUGGAAGGGAGAGAUGUACAGGAGAAAGGUCAUCGCCUAUUCCAAGCGCUCCGCCAAACUGUACGGCUCGAUCAGCCUGAAAACCAGAUCCAGUCCCAGCCAUUCCUCUGCACACUUGUCUAUAGACGAAGAAAUGGAGGAAACUUUAACUUAAGCUGCUGCUCUGCCUAUGAAAAAUGUGUUUAACUAAGGAUUAAUGCCACUCACUAACAUUCUCUAACAUACUGUAGCAUGAAACUGUAUUCAUAGGCUGCAUUCAACAUGUAAGUCUGCAACAUUUGUUUCUUUUAGUGUAGAAAUAGAUCAAAUCUUGUAUUAUAUUUCCACAUGGUAAACAGAAAGGACAAGGAAAGCAUUCAAAGCAAAGUUAGCAAUCACCAAAAAAAGCAUUAUGUGGUAUUAAAAUGCUCCAAAUGAUUGAAAAUGACCAAACCACAUGAACAGAGAUAAUGUUAAAAGCUUUGUGUCUAAACAGUGGAUCACAUUUUUUUUGUACUCAGGAUGCAAUCUCUGAGAGCUUCCAUUUAUUAUUAAAGCUAUUCAUAUUUAAUGCGAAUAUUUCCUAUAUCAAAACUGCACACACACGCACACACACAUUUCAGGUUAAGGAAGUAUGGGAACAUGUGUGUCCCCAGGGCAGCAGAGUGGGAUGCAAAGCUGUUGCUGUCCACUGUGAUGUGGAGAAUCAGUUCAGUGGUCCACAUAGUAAUAUCCAGUGACAGUCCCUCUCUGGUGCAGUGCUGAGGUAAGCCAGUAAGCUUGCCUUUGUGCAUCUGAGCCAAAACUACACAUCGGUCUGAUUGUUGUGAGCAGUCUGACUGCAUCUGACAGUGCUGACAUCCGGUACCUUCCUCUGCUUUCUCUGUUCUUCUUUCCCUCCUGUUUGCCUUCAGUCCCAGUUGUCUCUGCCUCUGAGACUUCCCAUCCUCUGGCAGAACUUCAGUGUUCUCAAUCUAUGAACACUUAUGCACUUAUAUUUACUACAUAUUUUGACUCAGAAGCGUGUGGGAAGGGUCCUUGACAACCACAGCCCAAGUGCCUGUGAUGUUUCAAGGUUGAUCAGUUUUCCUAACCAGUCUACUUUUCUCUUUUCUGUUUUCCACUACGUGAGGAGGGAAUAAAGAACAUCUAAUCACACAUGAAAGAGCUGCCCUACUUCCCAAACCUUAAGCCGUCACUACUUCAAAGAGCUAAUUACCUCUCCAAAGUGAGCUAUCAUUCCUUUAAAAGGUUAUGUUUGAUGUUAUCACAGCGAUUUGCACAGCAAAAGAAAAAUAUAGGGGAACACAAAGAGGUUAUCAUGUGCAAACUUGCCAAAAAUGUUAAUGCCCUAGUGAUCAGAGAAGUUGCAGACCAACUUCUGUUUCUUGGUUGGGGAAGAUUUGAGUUUCUGUCUAAGCUAAGUCCUUGUGAAAGCAACCCCCCUCCUCCUUUCUCCCUGAUGGUUAAUGCAGGCUUAGGAGGCCUGCAGGAGAAAAAUAAAGAAUGCCAAGCAAUUCUCUGAAGAAACAAAGUCUUUUUGUUUGUAGGCUAUCCCAUAAGUCUCAUAAAUCAUGCUUGGACUGCUGAAAUUCAAUCAUAUUUGCAUAUUUUUGUAUACACAGCCAAAUGUUGCAUUUUGGAAGAUGAGUGCUGAUGAUUCUCAUGCCGUGACACUGUUACCUUGGUUUCUUUUCAUUUUGCGGGCUGUGUGAUCCUAUUUCAAGGCUUACAUUCAAGAUGACAUGAGUCAGCCUCUGUUAAUGAGAUGCGUAAGCUGAUUACAGGGUAAACAGCUCGAGGUCACAUUUUUGCUCUGCUUUUAUUCACUGCAUUGCUUCUAUGUAUAAUGAUAGAGCAUAUACAUUUAUUCUGAGUGCCAGUUAGUGCACAGACAGAUUAAGGAAAAUGUUAUGUGAUGAAAAUAUUAUUCAAGCAAUCAACUAAUUUGGGUAGAAGCCUGGAUUUUGCAGCAAUGACCUCAUGCAAGUUUGUGUUACUGCUGCUUUUCAUUUUCUCUUUUGUUUGACCACAGGGCUGACAAGUAUAUAUGCAUCUCUGGAAAACAACCAUUACAUUUCAGAAUGGUAGUAAAAUGCCAAAUGAAGAGAUUUCCAGGAAAGGUAAUAAAACAUAAUGACCCAAAUGAG